AACUCCUUCUUUGCUUUGUUGUCCAUCAAGAUGCGUCUGUUCAGUCUUGUAGAGUACGCACUUGUACCUCUGCUCAGUUCUGCGACGAUACUCCAGAAUGGUCAGGUCCGGGACAAGGUUUUUCCUGAUACGAGUAUUUUAUGUAUCAGUAGCAACUCCAACUGGACCUCCUUCCUACCCAAUGCCACCGAAAUCUCCUACAAAGGUCGUUGGGAUGCCAAACACAUAUCUUGGUGGUCGGCUCCAGGCCUCAGAUUCGGCUUCACUGGAGAUAAAGUGGCCGUCAGCUUUGGCCAAUACACUUCUCAAGGUGUACUGAUUGCGUACCGAUUUGCUGGUCAGGAUUGGUUGUUUACGAAUGUGACUGCAAACUCCACACAUCAACUUGUUGGUUCGUCGACCGUGGGAGUCAAUCUGACGACUCAAUCGCAAGAGCCUCAGACGUUCGAGCUCCGGGUUACAAAUUAUGCUUAUGGAGUCCAGAUCGCUGGUGUCCAUCUCAGCAAGAACGCCAAACUCGUCAAAAUCCCAAACUUCUCCAGGAAGAUCGAAGUCAUUGGCGACAGUCUAUCUGCAGGCCAAUAUGGCACCUACGAGGGCAUAUCAAGCUAUGCUUGGGGUCUAGCUGAAGGGCUAGGCAACGUCGAGUUUGAUAUAACUGCAUAUCCCGGGAUCUGCCUCGUGGACCAAAACUGCUGGGGCAAUGCUCACGGCCAAACCUAUCAAUGGUCUCGAGCUUCUGAUACAUCGCACCGCUCAGAAGUGAUCUAUGGAGACAAUCCUCCACUCUGGGACUUUGCACAUCAUCAACAGUCGGAUAUUGUGGUUAUCAAUUUGGGCACCAACGACAAUAACACCCAUAACAAUGUUACGAAUGAGAAGUAUCUGGACAGUUAUAUCGAUUUUGUUGGUCAGGUGCACCACAAGUAUCCGAAAGCUCAGAUCAUAUUAAUUGCUCUUUGGAAUGGGUUCAAUCAAGUCGGCAACACAUGGCAGCAAGGUGGUGCUUUCAUCGAUGAGAUCCAGCAAGUACAUGCUCACUACGAACAUACUGGCUUUGUGCAUUACUUCAACACCACUGGCAUCUUACAACACAACGACAUUGUGAGCUAUAGAACAAANGGACCUCAAUAUCAUCCGACCGAUGUUGGACAUGUCAAGCUUGCAAGCCAUUUGAUGCAAUACGUCAACUUGAAGUUUGGGUGGGUGUUUGGAGCCACGGGUCCAGAGGUGCAGGCAGAUACGCUGUACUGGAACGACGGUACGUAUUGUGAUCUGUCAAGAACCAGCCCGAGCAUGACUUAA